GUACAAAAUACUUACCAAAGUACCUCGGGUUAUAUAAAAACGAGGGAUAUAGGAAAAGGGAAAUUGGGAUGAAGAUUCCCAAUGCCAUUGUUUUUCGACCAGAUGACGCCGUACUAUAUUCCGCUGAGAUGAUUAGUUUUUAAUUCAAUCGUCAAGACCAGUCUCAAUCUCAACUCCAGCUGAAAAAGAGAAGACCAUGAUUAUAUCCUCCUAUAGUUGAAUUGAAUCAAUUAUUUCAACUCCUUCAGCGAAAUUGAGCUUCGGUUUAGGUUACGGAAGAAAUGGAGGAUUUAAGUUCUGAAGAUUUGUGCGUCAUAGAGCCGAAUGCUGAUGACCCGGCGUCAACGAGCUCAUCAUGUAAAUUGCCUGGUCGCCAGGCGACUGUUCAUCGAAUGGUGGGUGGCGGCAAAGCUGCUGAUGUCAUUCUGUGGAGGCGGAGGCGUGUUUCAUGUGGCAUAAUCAUUGUUGCCACGGUUUCAUGGCUUUUGGUUGAGCGCUCGGGGAUAUCUUUCCUUGCUCUUUGUUCAGAUAUCUUGCUGGUUUUAGUUGUUCUCUUAUUUAUCGCGGCAAACUAUGCUGUAUUUCGAAACAAACAACCUCCAACACUACCUGAACUAGUUCUAUCAGAAGAAAUGGUAAAUAAUGCUGCUGCAUCCUUACGUGUGAAAGUCAAUUACAUGCUGCUCAUGGCUCAUGACAUUACCCUCGGCAAGGAUUUCAGACUCUUUUUCAAGGUUGCUUGUAAUGGAGAUGGUAACAAUUCAGGGUUCAUGUUGGCUACCGAAGGUUCCUUCUUGAUCGAUGUGGAUUUUCACAUAAGGGAGAUACACCUGAGAUUCCCAACUCGUGGGGCUGAUACCUUGCUCUAUGGUCAACUUAUAAUUGAGACGUCUUCGAAUUCAGGAAAGCAACAAAGAAGAUUUUACCUAAGUCAUGUAUUGAUCAUCGAUGGUUAUCCAGUUAGGAAUCUACGGUUUAAUGAGAGGUGGAACAUAAUAGAAAGCCAGCUUUUGGGUCCAAGAGACACUGAGCGUGCAAGAAACUACCAUUUGUAUAAGACACUCUUAAGAUGA